AUGGCGGCGUCGCAGAAUGCGGGCAUGCAUGUGUUCCCGUACGUGAUUCAGGACGCUUUGCUGUGGUAACGUGGUAACCACGCGCGGUCAGCUAUGAUACAGGGACUGUCUCCGCUCAACCAGGCUGUCCUGGGAACGCUAUUUACCUGGGGACUGACCGCGGCUGGUGCCGCGCUUGUAUUCGUGCUGAAUUCGACGAAGCGAAAAAUUUUAGAUGGAAGCCUCGGGUUUGCUGCUGGGGUCAUGCUGGCGGCUUCGUUCUGGUCCCUGCUUGCACCGGCCAUCGAGAUCGCCGAGUCGACGGGCGGCUACGGCCACAUGGCGUUCGUUCCCGUUGGCUUCGGCUUCUUCCUGGGCGCUCUGUUCGUCUAUGCCAUGGAUAAGCUCAUCCCAUCCUACGAUGGCCACAAGGCAGAUCUGGCCCUGGCCAUGCAGCUGGAGAAGAAGUCGACGCUCAAGCGUCACAUUCAGACUGGCGAGGAGUCGGCAAUCGGCUAUCGGAACGGGUACUCCGAUCCCAACGUGCAGUUGCGCAAGAAGCCGUUGACGACCACACAAGUGAGCAUGCCAACCGUCAACGACGCCGAGACGGCCGAGAACCUAAAGCGGUGGAAACGCAUCUUCUUGCUGGUCGUUGCCGUCACCGUGCACAACAUUCCUGAGGGGCUUGCGGUUGGCGUUGGCUUCGGUGCAGCCGGCAGCUCGGAGCAUUCCACAUUUGAAAGUGCCAGGAACCUGGCUCUUGGCAUAGGCAUUCAGAACUUCCCCGAGGGACUGGCCGUAAGCUUGCCACUCCGUGGGGCUGGCUUCUCCAAGUGGAAGUCAUUCUGGUAUGGCCAACUUAGCGGGGUUGUGGAGCCUGCGGCCGGAAUCCUAGGUUGCCUGGCGGUGACCAUGGCCCAGCCAUUGCUGCCCUAUGCCCUCGCCUUUGCUGCCGGGGCGAUGGUCUACGUUGUCGUCGAUGACAUUAUACCGGAGGCACAGGCAUGUUCCAAUGGCCAGCUGGCGUCAUGGACAACCGUGGUCGGGUUUAUCGUUAUGAUGGCCCUGGACGUCGGCCUCAGCUGAAGAGAACGGUUUGUGUCGUGAUUAGCCACGACCUCGGGCGCGUCUCGAGGGAAUCUAGGUUCUGCCUUUGGGACCAACGAACCAGAGCUCCACUUGUAAAAAAGAACAAGCUGUUUGUGAUUUGCCACCUUGUGCUACGCCGGAAGCAAGACAGCGCGACGGCCGAACCACUGGCCAGCGAAUCGCAAGCUGCACUUAUCUCAACGGACCUUUGUGAAAUUGCAUAGUGCCCCAUGUUUGGCUUAUCGAAACGAGACAGCAUGUGACGGCACACACGUUCACAUCAUGUGACAUGAACGUGACGGGACGUGAACAAGUGACGUGACUUGUUCAACGUCAAAUCUUUUCGUGCUUUGACCGUAUUGCUUAUUGUGUGAGCUUCUUGUGAACAGCGUUUGGCUGAAUGCUUCAAUCCUCGUCUGGUUGUGCGAUAUACGUACGGACGGCAUAUUCGGACUUGUUCUAUACUAUGUAAAUAUUUUACCACUUUCCUAAGCAUCUCUCGGUAAAUGAUGUGACGAUGUAAUGAUAGCAUUCAACUACUGGUAUUCAGUAUUGUAAUUAAUGCAUUGGUUUUGCAUUACAUGGCUACAAAGUAAGUCUCGACGAUGUGUUUUGUUUCGAACCUCGGGUGAUUUUUCGCGCUAACUCGAGUAAGUCAUUCUUGAAGUGCGCAGAGGAUGAGAGGCCAGUUCGUGACGUUUGCUUAUUGCACCAAGCUAGUCGGUUAGGCUCACAUGUUGCCAUGUUGUCAGGUUUGUCAUCUAUUUUCACGCAGUGUUUGCCUUUGUCACUGAUUUGUGAUAGUAAUGUAACCAGAAACAAACGCAGUAGGUUUAUUUGACCUGAUGGAGUUAUAACUUGGGAUACUUAUGGAUGAAUAUUUGUAAUCGAUGCUCCUUCGUGUUUUCCCUAAUAUGUUUCUUGCUGCAAAGGUAAUAUUGAAAGUAUUUCCGAUCAAACUCUUCUACUCCUUUGAACUUUUAUUAAACCUAUUGUGCCAAUCAGAACUGCUGAAAUAACUUCGUUGUAGAUGCACAUUUGAAGUCAAUUAUUUAUUAUUUGCAGCAGACCAUGGGACAAUAAGGAUGCGUUUUCAGAGUGACACUGUCUAUAUUAAUCUAUGUUUAUUCUGAUGUACGACUUUCCUAAUAGGUGAUAUGCUUGCGGAAGGUGCGUGUACUUGCACAGUGUACGUGUAUGUACACUGUGCUAUAUGUUGUCUUUCUAAAGAACUUCAAUUGCACUUAUAAUACCUGGGCAGUUGCACACGUUUCAAUGGCCUGUUGUACUUGCAGUAGCACCAAUGGAACGCAAUAAAAUGCCUUUACAAUCUUUUAGACUUAAAUGCAAAUUACAACAAAAUUUUGCUUUGGCCUUGUUGAUUAUAAAGUAGUACUUAAUGACAACUGGAGUGAUCUUGUCAAAGCGGCAUGGCUGAUAAGUGUCUAAUUUUCUUAUUGGGUGAUUCCACGAGAGAUCGAACAUGCCUGUCCGGUCGCAUUUUUUGUUUUGCCUGGGUUUUUUAUAUGUUGUGUGGGCACAUUCAAAGUGCACGGAACUGAAAAUUUUAUUUCCAAGAAACGCUCCCAGCGCGCAAAAAAAAUAUUUGAAGGUGGCGGCGCGUGCCUCCUGUUUUUGCUCACUGCAAUGUUUUCGGAUUUCACGGCCGAAUUUAGCGCGAACUAUAAAUGAUGUGUCUAAAAUUUCUUUUGCUGGUUUUAAUACGCAUUACUGUGAAUUACAUCCAUGCUUUUUUUAUGCCGUCCUCAAAAAGAAGAAAAUGUGAAAAAAUGGCAAACACGGCCGAAAUCAGAAAAGGGUCCUAAGUUUGAGGCGCCUUGGCGCCUUUACUAUUUCAAACAGAAACUUGAAAACAGUGUCACCUAUA